AUGUCUUUAAUAGCUGCUGAGUUCGUUAGCCAAGAAUCUGCCGCCCUAAGGCACGCAGUACUACUCCACAUUAUCCGAGUUGAAGAUAUAAGUACAUCCAAAUUGAAUCAAAUAGAUGAAUGGAAGGAAAUUCUGGAUCCCAACAAUCGAUUCGUUGAUCGGUUAAAUAAAUCAACGAGAUUAGUUCGUGAAAUCAAUUUCCAGGAUGAGAAUGAACAAUUGUCUUCCAUGCCUAAACUGAAGGGGUUUUCCACCUACAAGCUACUACUUAGAGAUAAGGAUAAUCACUUUGUGUAUGCUUAUGAAUUAGAGCCAUUAAAAUUCCUCCGAGAUGAGCAAACAAAUACACCGAUGCCGAUUAAGUUAGGCGGAAGACUUUUAAUUAAGCCUGGAACUACAAUACUGAGAGGCGUACUUCUACUAAAUCACAAAAAUUGCGAAUAUAAAGGUUUACAUACAUCAGAUGCACAUUUGGUAUCGUUAUUGAAUGAUGGACUACCAACUAGGGAAAUUGAAAUUUUAUCCAAUCCUUGA